GGCUGCCGCUGCUACUAGUCGGCAGAGAACGUUAGGAAUGCCUUUCCCCGCCUCGCUUCCUGAACUCCUUCACAGCAGCCCGGCGGCCAGGGGCAGUAAGGAGCCCGGGGCACCCUGACCCCUGCAGAAGCCAGAAUGCAAGCCAAGUACAGGAGCACCAGCGACAUGUGGGAUGAUGACUGUGACACCACGCUGAGCCUGCAUUCUCAAGUCUCCACCGAAUCCCGGCGGCCAGAGCCCAGGCCAACAGAGCCCAGGAGGACUCCCUCGUCAGCUUGGCGUCCAGCGGCCCUGACUCUGCUGGCUCUGUGCUUGGUGUUGUUGGUGGGCCUGGCAGCUCUGGGCCUUGUGUUUUUUCAGUACUACCAGCUCUCUGACACACAGCAAGACCGCCUCGCUGAGAAGGAGGAACGACUGGGGAAUCUCUCCCGGGAGACGCAAUCUCUCCAGGCCCAGAACAGGAAGCUUGCAGAAACUCUGCUGCGUGUGGCUGAAAAACUGUGUCGGGAACUCUAUAACAAGACGGGAGGACACAGGUGCAGCCCUUGUCCAGAAAAAUGGAGGUGGCAUGAGGACAGAUGUUAUCAGUUCUACACAGAGGGCAGAAGCUGGCAGGGCUGCAAGUCUUUCUGCUUCUCUGAGAACUCUACCAUGCUGAAGAUAAACACGCAAGAAGUGCUGGAGUUUGCCAUGCCUCAGAGCUACUCUGAGUUUUUCUACUCUUAUUGGACAGGGCUCUCCCGCAACAGCAGUGGCGAGGCCUGGCUGUGGACAGAUGGAGCACCUUUCAACUUUCAACUGUUUGAGGUUGCAAUCGACGUGACUAACUUAAGGAGCAGGGACUGCGUGACCAUUCUCAACGGGAAGGCAUUCUCGAAGGACUGCAGGGAGCUGAGGCGCUGUGCGUGCGAGAGGCCGGCCGAGGUGGUGAGGCCAGAGAAGCUGCUGCAGAAUUCCUGGAGCACCUGACGGGAGUGAGGCCCUCUUUCCUCCAGCCACAAUGACGGGCAUCAGAAAUGAGCCAAGCAAAAGCAAUGCAAGGGAGGUUUGCAGCAUUGGCAGAGACACAACAGAAAAAUCUGCCCCUCCGCCCAGCGCCAGGAGGCUCCUCAUGUUUCCUUCUCAGGGUCACCGGCAUUUCUGAAUGCCAUUUUAGUCACGUGUUUACCAGUCACAAGACUCUUUAUGAACCACCACCCAGCCCUAGAAACUCAUAAAACCAUCAUUGACCUUCUUGGAGAUAAGGUUCUUGCUUUCUUCUUUCUGAGCAUUUCCUAUCUCCCUAUUUCCACGUUCUUUUUGUAUUUUGCAAAGCAAGAAGAAAACUAGCAAAGUAGAAGAUUUCAACAGAAAUAACGUUGUU